AUGGAUUUCACGAUCUUUUGGAACCGAUUCUUCAGAUAUCUGCACGACAGAGGCUCGGUUCUACUGAGCUCGGGAACGUCGAACGUGAUAGGAGGCACCAGAAAGGAUAUGGUCAAGACCAUAAAUAAAAAGAGUAAUGAAAAGAUGGUACCUGCACGAUCCAACCCUUUUGUUCUGAGAGAGUCAUACUGUGACGACCUUAAUGAAAGCUCGGGAACAGAUGGUGAAGAUGAAGAUACAGAUCUGAGUGGCUUCAUUGUCGAUGAUGAUGUAGAUCUCAGCUUCUAUGGUUCAGCUGACGAGUUGUCGCCAGAUAGUGAACUUGAUCGGCGAAACAGGACAAGGCAGAGGACAGUUGUGAAACCGAAUUCAAGGCGACGGUUGGUGCGUGGUAGUCGCAAUGUUGAGUCUGGUCGAAGGAAAGACACAGACACAGCGUUAUCGAAGGCCUUUGACAGCAUGAGUCUAGGCGUAGGCGCACUUGAGGACGACAGGAAUGCUAGCCGAACGAAAACGCUGGAAGUCGUUGAUUUGAUGUCUUCACCAGUCACGAGAGCGGUAGCUCAGGAACUGGACGAAGAGAGCGAGCAAGACGAAACGCCAGAGCAGUCAUCUGAACAUCCUUUUUCAAAAGUAGGAGCUCUCAGGCCAAAUCCUACAACUCUGAUACGUGGUGACCAACCACUCCCGUCGAAGAGCAGAACUCAGCCGUCAGACCACGAACAUCAGACAAAACAAGAGGAAACAGCUGAAAGACCUGUCACGCCUCCUGCCACGCCAUCCAAAUCGCCCUCCAAGUCGCUACUCAGAUCACCUACUAAGCUCCUCUCGCCUUCAAAGCGUACGGUCCAGGCGCCCAAUUUUCUUCAUCGUCAAAGCAUCGAUGCCUUUUGGGACCACAAUACGGUGAACGAGUGGCACGACACGAACAGUCCCAAGAGGGCCCCAUUGCUGUCACCAAGGAAGAAUCCUCUUGCACGAUUCGUACUAGAAGCACAUGACGAUAUUGAAGAGCCAUCGGACGCUGACCACUCACAGCCCACAACGACUUCACAAGACGCCUUCGACGACUCGACUGAUUCUCUACCUUCGCCCAGUGAAUCCCCUUCAAAAUCACGCUCACCCUCCAAAGUUUCUGCGUUGAAAUCUGAACAGGCACGCAUAAGAGAAGAGAAGAAGGCUAGACUUGCAGCAAAGAAGGCUUUCGACUCUACAAAGGAAGGACUAGCACUUAGUCUACUCCAAGCCCUUGACCAGUACGUUACAGAGUCCAAGAUCACCACUAUGUCAGCCUCGACAGGAGGCAUCAAAGUGAUCUGGUCAAAGACCCUACGAUCAACAGCCGGAAGAGCAAACUGGAAGCGUACCAUAACGAAGCCCUCUGGAAGUCCUAUCAAGGGCGAUCCGAACAGUACCUCUGUAGAAAGACAACAAGGCGUGGUCGUCCAGCACUUCGCAAGCAUCGAACUAGCCGAGAAGAUUAUUGAUCGACCCGAACGUCUAGUCAACACACUUGCUCACGAGUUCUGCCAUCUAGCCAACUUCAUGGUCAGCGGAGUCCGAGACCAACCUCACGGAGAAUCAUUCAAACACUGGGGCAAGAAAGUGACAUCCUGGCUGCGAUCUCCUAACGCAAAACAGGCCCCUGGUUGGCAAGCCGAAUGGUCACUAGCAGAAGUCACGACUAAACACUCAUACGUGGUAGAAACGAAAUACCUGUGGGUCUGUACGGGUCGACCAGCCAACAAACAGAAGCAGACCCUUACUAUGAAGAUGUUGGAUAUCGAGGCCGAAGACGAAGAAGGCUGUGGUGCGGAGUAUGGACGCCAUUCGAAGAGUAUUGACGUUGAGAAACAGAGAUGUGGACGUUGUAAGGGGUUCUUGGUGCAGGUACGUCCUACUCCGAGAGCUGCUGCUAGCCCGAAGAAAAGUCCUUUCAAGAAGCGGGUUGCGAGUAAAGAAAGUGGGGUGACUAGUCUGGAGAAGUUGGUCGAGGUCAUUGAGCUGAGCGAUUGA